CCAACCCUAAACUCACUCGAGUCUUCGCCCCCAUUUUCUCUCUCCGCACGGUCCACCCAAUGUCUACUGUAGACGCGCUCCACCUCCGCGACACCGCACUCUCCCUCGCCGUUGAACCGCCUUCGCCUCCGCCUCGCAAGCUUCGAGCUCAGCCCAGGCACGCUUCGCCCGGUAAAGGCGGCGGGGGAAGGGAUCCGCAUUUUAGAGGCGUGCGGAAGCGGCCGUGGGGACGGUUCGCCGCCGAGAUUCGCGAUCCGUGGAAGAAGACUCGAAAGUGGCUCGGCACCUACGACACCGCCGAGGAGGCGGCGCGUGCGUACGACGAGGCCGCGCUUAGCCUCCGCGGUUCCAAGGCCAAGACCAACUUCGGUAAUCUCGCUCUUGCUCCGCCUCACUCGCUUCUCCUCGGCGGCGGCUCUGAGAUGCUCUGGCCUCCACCGCUGAUGUACGUUAUGACCGGAGCUCCGGCGGUGGCGCCGGUUAGGUCGGAGUAUACAGGGUACAUGCUUGAGAAUGUGGACGUGGUGGUGGGCGAGGAGGAGAAGAAGAUGCGGAAGGAGAAGAAGCCGUUCUUGUUCGAUCUGAAUCUGCCAGCGCCGCUGUUCUGAGCGGCCGCCGAUGUGGUUUAGGCUUUUCUGGUGGAAGUAUUUGGGGUGACUCUCCAUUUUUGCCCUUGGCGUUUACUCUUAAUUUCUACAUCACAUGUGUACAGUUUUUGUAAAAACGGGAAUAGAAAGGAUAAAAAUGUUGAGGGCGCGAUUAAAAGUUAAUUACCGACUAUUAAUUCUGUUUGCCCUGAGCUUUAUUGAUUCGGAUAUUUGUGGCAA